CUCUCUUCCAAACCACCCUCGCUUUUCGCUUUAAUUUUUUAGUGCCACAGAAUGUCUGAACUGAAUGGCCAAAUUCCAGACAAUGCCAACGAGCAUUGCCCUGGUCCCGACAGCGAGCAAGCCGGCAAGGCCGAAGGGAUCUGUGCCACCCAGGCCCGCGGGCCUGACCCCGACAUCCCCAUAGUGACCGAGCGGCUCCAGGGCAUCAAGCACAAAAUCCUGGUGCUGUCUGGCAAGGGCGGUGUGGGCAAAAGUACAUUUACAGCGCAGCUAGGAUUCGCCCUGGCCACUGACGAAGACACAGAUGUGGGCGUAGUCGACAUUGACAUCUGCGGGCCCUCGAUUCCGAGGAUCAUGGGGUGCAAAGACGAGGAGAUCCACGGCGCAGCCGAUGGCUGGACGCCGGUGUACGUGCAGGACAACCUGGCGGUCAUGUCGAUUGGGUUCAUGCUGCCGUCAGAGGAGGAGCCGGUGAUCUGGCGCGGGCCCAAGAAGAACGGUCUGAUCAAGCAGUUUUUGAAGGACGUCGAGUGGGGCUCCCUCGACUACCUGCUCUUUGACACCCCACCCGGCACCUCGGAUGAGCACCUGUCAGUCGUUGUGACAACGCCGCAGGAGGUCUCGCUGCAGGAUGUGCGGAAGGAGAUUGACUUUUGCAGAAAGGCGCGGGUGCCUGUCCUGGGCGUCGUCGAGAAUAUGAGCGGCUUUGUGUGCCCGGGAUGCCAUGGCGAGUCCAAGAUCUUUUACCCAACCACGGGCGGUGCCAAGGCCAUGUGCGAGGAGCUCGGCAUCCCACUUCUGGGCUCUAUCCCCCUUGAUCCGCGCAUCGGCAAGGCCUGCGACUUUGGCACGUCCUUCACCGACACAGUCCCUGACUCGCCAGCCACCAAGGCAUACCUCGACAUCAUCUCCAAGAUCAAGUCACUAGUAAACUAAAGCCAUUUGGGAAUGUAGAAAGACAAAAAUCUACUUCUUCGACGCGCCCAGCUUGAAUGUGCCCUUGCGUUCGUGCUCGCGCUGCUUCCUGAGCCACUUGCGGUAGCCCUGCAGCGAGUUGAUCUUCUCGCCGUAAAAGUCCGGCAGCGGGUUGUUCACCGACGAAAAGCUCGGAUCCGAC